CUACAGUCGCCCAUGCCCCCUUUUGCCCUCCGCUCGCUGCGGGGGAAGAAGCGUGAACUUGAACGCAGCCUUCAGUGCGAGUCCAGGCAGAGGCCAGCCAGUCUCACCAGUCUGUCCCCGCCGCUCGGGUUUUUGGGUAAUUUAUCGGAGAAGACGGAUUUAGGCUUGGGAGGGUUUGUUGUUUGGGACCCAGAAAAGGUGCCAAACGCUCGACGCGAUGUCCAGGCGCAAACUUGGAAGCAGACCGCAGCACCUGAGUGCAAUUCAAGAUGCCACUGACAUGGCGGAUGGCUCCACUUCAUCAGACGUCCGGCCUCCUCCACCUUCUCCUCGCCCCCGGGUCCAAGCUCCUGGCGAGGGUGGUGACCUCCUGACCUGCGGCCAGUGCAGCCAGGCCUUCCCCCUCGCCCACAUCCUAGCGUUCAUCCAGCACAAACAGGGCGACUGCAGCUCCCGAAGCCAAGCCCCAAACGGCAGCGCCACUCCCCCCUCACCUGCCAACCGAUCGCAGCUGCGCGUCGCCAACGCCGAGCUGGGGCCGGGCUUCAUCGAGCUGAGGAGAGGGGGCAGAGCCUGUGGGGAGGAGCCUGGCGUCAAAUUGAAGGCGGAGCACAACAGAGCAGUGUCUGAGGAGCCUUCCUACUUCACCUGCCAGCAGUGUGAAGGCGUGUUUCCAUCUGCAUGGCUGCUCCUACAGCACGCUCAGCACGCACACUCCUUCAGCAUCUACCAAGAGGAUGAGGAGGAUGACACAGACAUGAGAGGAGGAAGAAGAGGAAUUAAAGAGCACAAGGCUGCUACAGCCACUCUGGACCCUCGCCACCUGAGCCAAGCUCUUGCUUCUGCCUUUCAGCCCUCCGCCCUGCGACUCGGUCGCUCCCGCCAGACAUACACCGCCUCCUCUUUCAGUAACACGCAGGCUCUGAACUUUUCAGUGCGACUCAGGGAGCUCGCAGAGGGGAAUAACAACACCACCAGCAGCUCCCCCGGAAGCCUGGUGCUGUCUCCGUCCUCCUCGCCACCAGCAGCUUCUCCCUUUCCUCAGACCAGCGCCCUCCAGGCUGACUUCCACUGCGAGCUGUGUGAGCAGAACUUCCAGUCCGUGCGUGCCCUGUCAGCCCACCGCCGGACUCACUCCUGCGAAAGGCCCUAUCACUGCGGAGUGUGCGGACAGGCCUUUGCCCAGAGCGGCCAGCUGGCACGGCACAUAAGGAGCCAUCACAGGGAGGCUGGAGGUGGAGGAAGUGGAUAUGAGUCGGUGGAGAUGGUCGUGAUGGAGGAGGAUGUAGGGAGGCAGGGGAUGAGAGGGAGGUUUCAAAUGCAGCCAGUUGGAAUCAACAUGGGAAAGGGAACGGUCGGGGCAGAAGUGAGAGCCCAGGGUUCCUCAGAGUUAGACCUGACCCUGCCCAAACACCCGUCCGUAACUUCAGGCCUGAUGCUGCUGACCUCGCAGGUUAGACCAGCAGACAGGGAGCUGCUGAGGCUGUAUCGGUGCCAGAGAGAAGGGGGCGAGGGGGGGGAGGAGGAGGCAGAGGGGCAGGGGGAGCCUCGGCACACCUCACCCUGCGCCAGCCCCUCUGAAGGCUCCCUGGAGAGCGGAGAGACAGGGGGCAGUGGCGAGAGCGGUAUCGCUAGUGGCAACUGCACGCCCAAACGGCCAGAGAUGGGGGACAGAGUGCGAGGAGUCGGAGAGUGGGAGAACGAAGGAGGAGAGAUCAUAGAGAGGGAGACAGAGUGGAGCUCAGCCAAUGUCAGCGAGGUUUUGCAGGAGUGGCAGAUGGAGAAUAAGUGGAGGAGUGUAGGAGGAGGUGUCAGCGGCAGAGGAAACAACAACAACAACAACACCACCACCACAACUACUGCCGGUUCAGCUGGAAAGAAGAAGAAAGACGAAGCGUGUGAAUACUGUGGUAAACAGUUCAGGAACAGCAGCAACCUUACUGUGCACCGCCGCAGCCACACAGGUGAGCGUCCAUACCGCUGUGGCCUCUGCAACUAUGCUUGCGCUCAGAGCUCAAAGUUAACGCGCCACAUGAAGACCCACGGCGCGCAGGGAGCCAAGGCUUCCUUUUUGUGUCAGCUGUGCUCGGUCCCCUUCACUGUUUACGCCACUCUGGAGAAACACCUGAAGAAAGUUCACGGCCUGAGCCACGCCAGCGUGGGAGCGUACGCACAGGCCAGCGCUGCAGACACUUUGGCUGCCAUUAAAGCUUGUGGAGAAGCAACAGUGGUGGUGAAAAUGGAGGAGGAAGAUACCUGUUUGGAUCAGAUAGAAAUGGAGAGCAAAAUUCCGAGUGAUGCGGUGAAAAACAUGGAGGUGCAGGAGGGGCAAAGCCAAGCGGAGUAUGUGGAGAACACAGGGAGUCCAGCCGUAGUGGCUGAUCUCCCAACCGAGAGCAAUGCAGAGGUGAGCUUAGCUUUAACUUCUGCGCCAUGAGGACUGCUCUCAUUCACUAAUUGACAUUAAAAUAGCACUGUAUAGGAUUUAAGUUGCCCAUUCAGAUAAAAAGAAUUUGAACAGAUGUCAAGUUAAACUGAAAUCUAGUUUAAAAAAGAAAGAAGCUACAGCAGCCCCAUCCUCUUAGCCAGCGUCGAGGCACACAGCCGCCACGUUGUUCAUGAUGGUAUGCAAAGCUGCCGAUUGAAACUAAGUGCCUACAGUUCUUUAAACCACAGAGCAAAAAAACAAGGCCAUGACAUUCAGCAGGGAGAUUACCAGAGCUCUUGAACAGGAUGUAAACCGCCACAGUCCACACAGACACAGGAAACUGAUCACCAUGUUGCAGCGCAGGAUGCAAAAGACAAGUGAUUUAUGUCUCUGGCGACCCACUGGACAGGUGGAGACAGAUAUUAACUGUCAGAUAAUACAGGGAUUAUAUUGAAUAUAAAAAAGCCCAGCAAAUAUAUUUUCGGUGUCGGCAGUCAGAGGAGUCGUGUUGUGUUUCCAAGCUGUUGCUGGUUUUUCUUUUGAGAAUACCUUUUAAAGACUACAGAUGUUUGACACGAGGGUGAAAUGAAUCCAAACACUGUCUGCCUGCAGUUUCUCAGACUCCUCUUUUUAAAGGCGCUUGGUUGUCACAACACUUAACGUAAUGUUUACAGGGCUCACGGAGCCUGGCAAGGUUGUGCUCCUGACUUCGUGGCAGUAUGUAUGGAUGAUUUUCGGUUUUCUAAUUUUAUAAAUGGGAAUAGGAAGACUUUAAAAUCUCAUCUACUGAUUUUUUUGUUUUGUUUUUUCAUUUCCUGAUUCGUUUCUAUGCAUAAAAAACAGCAAUUGUACCUACAUGUGAAACGGGUGGUCUCUUUUUGUACUUAUUAUUAUUAUUAUUAUUAUUAUUAUUAUUAUUGUGCUGGUAAUUUCUCUUUCAUUGUUUACAUUUGUAAAGUGCUGGACUGCUUGAAGCUCAUGCAUGUUUUGCAGCCAUUUGAAACUGUUCUUUUCCCUGUUGCCUGUGUUUGAGUUAUUCUUUAUUUAUGGAUUCUGCAUGUCGAUAAUUGUGUAAAGGCUAAACUACAGGGCUGAGAGAUGCGGCAGUAGCUAGUUUAUUGGUGGAGUUUUGUGGGAAGCACUUGGCUGAGUUUGCGUGAAUGUAUUUGUUUGUUUGUUUGUUUGUUUGUUUUGUGUGUACAUAUUGGGGUAGGGGGGUGGGGGGGGGAUUCUCAGGUGACGCUUUUCCUUGAACCCUGUCGGUGAUCUUGUUUCCAGACUCCAGAGCAUGACUUGGCAGGUCAUAAUCACUGGGGCGUGCUCCUGACAGGUGUGUCACUGACGAGGAUUUAACAAACGCAAUA